GUUGCAGUAUACCGGUGCUGGUCGGAGCUGGCACCUUUCUUAUAAGGAACUUCGGGGUCCUUUGCAGCAAAUUUACACUUCUUCAUAGGUUUUCUUCGGCGCAAAAGUUUCGCAAGACGCCACCGGAUUUCUAAAAACAUGAAAAGGUGAACGUUACGGAAAAUGUUUAUCAAUGGAUGUCGUGCGCAAGUUAUCGACUGAGCGAUAUCUUGCAGUCGGACACAGAGAGAAAAAUUUAAAAGAAGCAACACAGAAAACAAAAAAUAAUCAGGCAAAAAAAAUGGAUAAAGAAACACGGAAAACAAGUGACGUAAGCACAGCAGACAACAAUACUGCAGUUCCUCGUGUUUAGACCCCCGGCCUGAAAUCCCUUCAUACCUACACCAUCUGUUCAGCCGGGAGCAAAUACCCAACCUGCGUCGCCUUCAGGAGGAUCUGAAAGCAGAAUGGCCUUCACUAAGCUGAAGUUGGACGGCAUGGAGAGCUACAGCAGCCUGAAAGACGCACACCUCGCCCACUACUUCUCCAGGGACGAUGUGCUGAGGCAUCUCGUGCACAUGGGACUCAUCACGGAGGACGGCGAUGUGGUCCCGGAGGCCGAGUGGAGGAAGCUGUACGCCAAGAGGGAGAGGGAGGAGAGGGAGAGGGAGAAGGAUGACCACAGGGUGCGACUGCAGGAAGCCGAGGAAGCGUCAAGGAGGAGGGUGAAGGAUAAGAUAAGGAGGAGAGAGGUAAGGUCAAGGAAGCGUGCAGGAUGGUAAGCAUGAGGAGGACAGGAACCCGGAGGUGUGUCGCAGGAGGUCAAAGGUCAUGCGAGUUAUUUUUACGAUUUUAAACACGUAGAUUGAAGGAGGUUUAUUGGUAUUCGAGUUUAUGGUUUAUUUACGGUUUAUUAUUUAAUGGUUCACGCCUGCAGUAAUGGAGAGUUCAAUUGAAGGGGAUAUUGGAGUGAAGGAGAGUCAGUGAAUAAAAGGUAAAUCAAAAUAGAUCUUUGUUGUUAUGUUCAUAUACUAAUUAGUUUGUAAGAAUUGAUAGAAGAUGGCAUUUUACAUUCCAUAAAACAACAUGAGCAAAUUCAUUAACUUUCAUGAAAAGAUAUAUACCUUUAGUACUAAACAAUCAUACAAAUUGCCAUCGCUAACAACACAAACACACAAACAUACACAUACACAAAUACACACACACACACACACACACACACACACACACACACACACACACACACACACACACACACACACACACAUCAUAUAUAUUUACAUGAACUUAGAUUUCGUAGACGGUUAAGAACCCCAAAAUAACAAGCAAUGUGCGUGACGUUUAUAUCUUAGUCUAGGCUAAGUCGAUGUUUAUGCAAUAAGCACCGAAAUCCUAUAUUAACCCAUAAAUAACUUGAAAGGAAAAUAAAAUGGCAUAUUAUUCAUAUAAUUAAGAAACUGUUUCAUUAAGUUAAGAAGUUGAAUAAGGUUUAAUACGGCAUAAAAAAAACAAAGGUUACUUAAAGGCGAUGCGGUAAUAAUGCUAUUAAGAUUAACUGGCUAGUAUCUGCCUGAAUAUCUUAAAGAUAAGUUAGUAUAAGGCUAAUUAUAAGGCGAUGAUGAUGAGUCGUAUUCUAAGAUAAUAAUAAUGUUUAAGAGCCAUCCGCAUAACCAAAACGGAUUAUUCAAAAGCUUAUAAAAUGAAUCAAGAGGCGAUAACUUAGCCAUAAGACAACCAAUAGGAAUACGUAGCAAUAAGAGACAAUAGCCUUAAUAGAAGCAAUAGAAAAGGAAUAGCCAUAAGAGACCAAUAACUAUAAGAGCAGUAAGCAUAAGGGGGACACGGGUCGAGCGUGAGGUAGGAGGGUGAGGCUGAACUACCACUUCAGAUGAGGCGGUCGCUCAGGCUGCUGUUAGAGCGCGAGUGGCGGCGUCUGUACACCCAGGAGCUGCAGCGCUUGGGCCAAACGGGAGGCCACGACCCGAGGCCUCAGCUGCAAGAGGCCCAAGCAACAGGGAAGACGGUCAGGAUCAUGACAAGGGAGGUGAAGCCCUCUAACAAAGCCUCCGCUCUCGUCGACCAUUUCCACUUCGACAUCGAGUGGAACUACAGGCCCGUAAGCGCCUCGACGGACGAAGCUCGCACCUCCAGCGGGACCCCCGGCACCUCUCAGGAGACUUCGGGGCCCUCAGACAUACCGUCGGGGCCCUCGGACAUUCAUUCGGGGCCCGGAAAUGGGGCUUCAGACGGUCAGGAUGAAGGCUCGAACGGACUGGCGCUGGACAUGGAGACUGGCAAGAGCAGGAUGGCCGGGAGGACACGGAGGACGCAGCAGGAGGCGAGUCCGGCGGGGAACGGAUCGUCGUCGGAUAGUUUCCCGGACUGGAUGAGACCGCGGAGGUUCCUACAGAAGCCCAAAUUUGUUGGUCGAAAGGGCAUGGUUGGCGAGCCCUACGUAGCAUCCCUGGGCCCCAACCCUUCUCCACGCUAUAUCCACAUCAUAAGACCCACAAACAGCUGUCGAGAGGUCUGGUCCCGCCUGUGCCCUCCCCAGCCCGGACCGGUCCGCCCCCGACAAAAGCCUGCCCCGCCCCCUCGCCUCCGUCUGGUGUACGCGGGGGGCGGCGCUCCUUGCCACACGCCCACCAACCUGGCCCUUCUGCAGCAGCCUGCGGGAGCUCACAACGUCACCGUCUUCCAGGGUAUUGUUUGUGUGGGAGACGAAAUCGAAUUCAGUUCCAUGCGACGGCCCAGUUUUCCGUUUUCUUUGACGAUCUACGAAGACGGGGUAACUACGGGAAGACUUAGUGCCUGUUGUGAACACCGCUACGUCCCCGGCAGCAGGCUCGGGGGGCCUUCGGGACACCUGAGAGUGAUCGAAAUCGUCGGCGGAGAACCCUGUCUGCGCUGCCAGCUACGAGCGGUCGAAAAGCGCCACCAAAGCCGCCGGAGGACGAGGCAGGCGAGAGCCAAGGAGUCCUCGCCGCGGCCGUACACUCCGCCGGGAGAGACGGGUAGCGAAGCUGGAACAUUUGAUGAGGCUAGCACUAGCAGUGGCAGCAGUAGUGGCAGCAGCACAGGCGGAAGUAGCAGAAGCAGCGAUGGCAGUAGAAGAAGCGGGAGCAGAAGUAGCAGAAGCAGCCAAUGCAGUUCUAGAAGGAGCAGUAGAGGAAGUGACGACAGCAAACGGAGUAGCAGCAGAAGGAGUAGCAGAAGUAGCGAUGAUAGUAAAGCGAGUGGCAGCAGAAGCAGAAGUAGGAGCAAAAGUAGCUCUGGCGACGAGAGAAGCAAGAGUAGCAGCAGCAGCCAGGACACCGUCGUGAGCAAGGGCCAAGAAUCCAGUCAAGAAGAUGAAGAAGAGGACACCAAAGACGAGGUGGAACACGAAUCAGACGAGGACCCCAGCGGAACGAGCAACACCAGCUCCUCCUCCGACAUUGAAACAGGAAGCAACUACAGUCUUCACGUGCGAUCGAUGAGGAAAGAUCGCAGGUUCCUACGACAAGAUUCUCCAGAUUCUUGCAAUGGCCCUUCCGAUGUGGAGGUCGCAGCUGCUCUUGGGGUGACAGUCACCCCACCAGAACCUCGCAGCGGGUCCCGGUCGCAGCAAAUCUCCCCAGCGAGCAGCAGAAGGCAGUCGAGUGGCCGCGAGAGCACCUCCAGCCGUCGACAGCGUUUAUCUUCUGGGAGUCGAGGCUACAGCAGGAAGUCAAGUAGUACGGAAGAGAAGAUAGACUCCAGUCGCCGAUCGAGUCGCAGUCGCAGGCAAUCAGUGUAUUUAUCUACAAGUUUGGAUUAUCAAAUAAGUGAUGAAGUAGAAGAUCCGUUUGAGGGAAACAGUGAUCAAAGUCAACAGGGAUCUCCCACAUGUCAUCUAAGCUCUGUUGAAAGUCGACCUGGGACUUCCAAAAGUCAGCGAAGCCUUGCAGAGAGUCGCCAGAAUUCCACCAGUAGUCAAGGAAAUCGUCCAGAAGCUUCCAGAAGUCACGAGAGCCUUGCAGGGAGCCGCAAAGAUUCCGGGGGCAGCCAGGAAAGUCGACCGGGGACAGCCAGGAGUCAAAGGAGCGUCGCAGAAAGCCGCCAGAAUUCAGAAAACCGUCCAGAAUCUUCCCAAAGCCUCAGAAGUCUCGCAGGAAGUCGUCAGAAUUCCAACAACAGCCAAGAAAACCGUCCAGAAUCUUCCCAAAGCCUCAGAAGUCUCGCAGGAAGUCGCCAGAAUUCCAACAACAGCCAAGAAAACCGUCCAGAAUCUUCCCAAAGCGUCAGAAGUCUCGCAGAAAGUCGCCAGAAUUCCAACAACAGUCAAGAAAAUCGUCCAGAAUCUUCCAGAAGUCAGGGGAAUCUUGCUGAAAGUCGCAAAAACUCCAGAGCCAGCUUAGAGAGUCGUCCUGGAACCUCAAAGAGUCAAAGAAGCAUUUCUGAAAGUCGCCAAGAUUCUAACAUCAGCCAUGAAGUCCGUCCAGAAUCUUCUAAAAGUCACAGAAGUCUUGGGGGAAGUCGCCAGAAUUCUAGUGACAAUCUAGAAAACCGCCCAGAAUCCUCUGGAAACCAUAGAAGCCUUGCACAGAGUCGCCAGAACUCCAGCAAAAGCCAGGAAAGUCGUCCAGAAUCUUCUAGGAGUCACAGAAGCCUUCCAGAAAGCCGCAGCUUCGAAAGUCGACCAGGGACGUCAAAAAGCCAGAGGAGCUCAGCGAGAAGCCGCCAGAAUUCGAGCAGCAGUCACGAAAACCCCCCAGACUCUUCCAGGAGUCACAGAAAUCUUGCAGAGAGCUUCCAGAAUUCCAGUAUCAGUAUGGAAGAUCAUACUGAACCUUCAGAAAGUCACGGAAAUCUUGCUAAAAGUGGUCAGGAUUUGAGUAGCAAUCAAGAAAGUCGUCCAAGUUCUUCUAGAAGUCACAAAAGUCUCGCAGAAAGUCGUCAAAAUUCAAACAGCAGCCAAGGAAAUCGUCCAGAUUCAUCAAGAACUAACAGGAGCCUAACAGAAAGCCGUAAGAAUUCCAGUAACAGUUUAGGAGGUCAAGGUCUUGCAGAAAGUCGCAGAAAUUCCAGAGCAAGCUUGGAAAGUCGACCAGGAACCUCCAAGAGUCAAAGAAGCCUUGCAGAAAGUCGCCACAGUUCAAAGAACAGCCAAGAAAAUUGUCCAGAAUCUUCUAGAAGCCGAGGAAGCCUUGUUAGAAGCCGCACAGCUUCGAGAGAUAGCUUGGAAAACCGGCCAGGUACUUCGAAGAGCCGAAGAAGCUCUACAGAAAGCCGAAGACAUUCUAGCAAGAGCUUGGAAAGUCGCCCGGGAUCUUCGAAGAGUCACAGAAGCCUCUCAGAAAAUCGUAAGGAUUCCAGCGACAGGCUUCAGAGUCGACCCAGCACUUCUGGCAGCCAAAGAAGCCAUGCUAGCCGAAGCCAGGCUAGUCGCCCAGGUUCUUCCAAAAGCCGGAGGAAGAGUCAGUCUGAGGUCGAAAGCCCGAAAAGAGGCAUCGGAAUCAGCGAUCCGUCUGAUGAGGCAGAGCUGGCUGGGAUUGCCACAGGGGAGGACUCCUAUGAGAGCUCGUUUGAGGAGGAAGAAAGCUCGGGCGAAGGCAAGCACGCCGGAGGAAGCAAGGAGAAAAGAGAAAGCGAGGAGGACAUCAGGGAUGAAGUUAGUGAAGCGGAAAUCGAAGAAGAAAAAAAGGUCGAUGAGAGCGAAGUUGAAACAGAAGACGAGUGUGCCGAAAUAGUUGAUGAAGUUGAAAAAGGCGAUGAAGAAAAAGGCGACGGAGAUGCAGAUGCAAAAGAAGAACCCAAAGAAACUGAUAUUGAGGAAGAGAUGGAAUCUGAAGAAAUUGCAAAUAUUAUUAAAGAAGGCAUAGGAACGGAGGAGGAGUCAGACAUUGAAGAAAUGGAGGAUAUGGAUGGAGAUGAUAAACAAACGAAAAAGUAAGCGAAGAGAGUAUGUGUAGGGCGUAAGAGUGACGCAGUGAUAUAAAAAUAGAAUAGAAGACACGAACGGGUAAACAGAAAACUAUUGCAAAUUCUAAGCAAUGCGUAGAAAACUAUUGAUUAGAUGGGGAACUUUGUUGUUGUUUGUAAUAUUUAUUCCCAUUAACGUUUAUCUCACGAAGACGAAUUAAGACUUUAGACCGAAACCAAUAGAGGCAAAGAAGCUGUUAUCUCAUGCAAUGCACCAAACCACUCAGAGCAUCAACACGCUGUCAUACUGGUUAAAGAUCUUUAGAAGUAGACAAGCCAAGGACGGUCACCACUUUUGCUUGGAGUCUGUGAAUAUACUGAACAAUAUGCUACGUAAAACCAUUCAGUAUAGUAUAAAGUGCUAGAUAUUGUGCGAUUAAACUACAUUUCUUUUCCAAAACAAAAACAACAAAAAAUGCCAGUAACUUAGCUUAAAUGAAAUCCGAAAUGUUUGUUAUAGGCACUGCAGCUCGGAUAACAGUCGCAAAUAAAAGUCUCCAAUUAUAAGUGCGGCUCUGUCCAUAUACCCAUGAGACUAUUGAUGUUGCCUGCUGAACAACAGUUAUUCCCGAGACUGUUCAUCGCCUUUGUGUCAAAGCCUUUGUGAUGUAAAAAGUUUGGCUUAACGGUGUUGUUCUCAUUAUACUCGCAUGUAUGAAUUUCCACUACCAAAAUCCGCGGUGCUUUAUCAAUAAAAUAAACGUUUAA